AACGACAGAUAGUGUACUGCAAAAGGUGGGGCACGGUAAUGUCCCUAAUCAUUUUCGAGGCCCCAACUGUUAAUUCCAAAGUCCCCACAUAGAGUGACUGUGCCAGGGCCAAGAGCUUGAGUCGGCUUCCUUUUUAAAUAAAGUUUAAAAAUUUUAUGGCUUCAAGCCGAUCACAAAAACAAAAUAAGGUGUCAGAGCACUAGGAACUCAUGAUCGGCUCAUUUUGGAACUUGUGUAGAGCUACGUGCCCCGCAAUGCCCGUCGAUAAGCAGUUACACUCCGAAUAUCGGAGUACUUACCGAUGGCAUGAAUAUACGGGGCCACGUCAAGAAAUCGUGCGAAAAGCUCCUGUUCUAAAUGGGAUGGCUACCACAGGUGGAGGUAACGAAUUCAACGAGAAACCACAAAAAGAUGAAGACUUCCACACUGAUAGUGCCCCCAAACAGGAGCCUGCCAUGCCACGGAGGAAAAAGUAUCCAGACUUAGCAUAUCGCCAUCACGAAUUUCUUAUACGAGACGGCGUGACGGAAAACGGAGGGAUCGAUUCAAGGGCUAGGUCGGAAGAACGAUAUGGGCCGAAUUGGAGGCCAUCAAGGCGCAGCAAGUCGGAGGGACCGCGCCGGGAAAUUGAACCCGAAACGGAACCCGGGGAGCGCAGGAGAGAAUCCGACUCUGAUGUGGAGAAUAUGGGACGCGAAAACGGACUCCUUCGCAAAGCUAUAUCGAAAAUUAGCACUGAAUAUAGAAGACAGUUUGCUUGGCCUCCAAGCCAUUCUUCUAGAAGAGAUGAAGUUGAUGCGGCAGGUGCACCUAGAAAGUCUCAAUCGAUGGGUGCCCUAAAAGCAAAUGCUAAUGCUAUGGUUCAUAAGAAACGAAUCGAUGCAGAACAUAAAGAUGCAAGCGAAUUGGAACCAUUAGUGGAUGAUCGAUCCAAUCAAGAAAAAACGCGCGAAGAUAUAAACAACUUGGAUAAUGAUGCGUCUUGGUACCGUGAAGUUGUUGAACUUCGUAAAAAAGCCGGAGAAUACAAGAAUAGAGGCUGGGGAUCAGAGUUAGCUCCUGAGCGGUUAUCGGAUAUUUAUAAUAAACAAGUCGAAUUAUGGGAUCAAGUAUCAAGAAGAAGUUCCUUAUCAGCUUUGUCACUAGCUUCGCAUAUGACUAAGACCUAUACUAAGGAGGACAAAGAAGAAGACAAUAAUCGAAGAAGCUCUCCUACUAAAGCUUAUAGAAAUGCCGAAAAUAAUGCUAGAAUGAUUAGGGAUAUUAUAAGGCAUCACUUAGAACGAACCACUGGUGGGUCUGAACUUGAUGGCCUAAUCUUAUCACCCACUAGGGAAAAAUUAGAACCGACUAUUCCUAAAAAAGAUGACGAUUCAAGAGCCUCCCAGAAAAAUAGUCCUAAAAAGAGCUCACCUCUAAAAACUUCCAGUAAACGCGGAAGCCAGAAAGCAAAAGAAGUUCGUUCACAAUCAGUUGGGCCUACGGAAACUAAUAAAGAGAAGCAAUCUCCAAAGAGACAAUCUAGGUCCACAGUGAAAGAAGGGCGAAAAUCUACCUCCAAUACUCCAUCAAACAAGAGACCUAGGCCCUCAUCGGAACAGCCAAAGUCUGAACAGAUGUCAUCAACUGAAAUGAAAAAGAAUCAGGAAAACGAACAGCUGGAUAGUAUAGAAUAUGAGCCGGUGAUCAAAUCUCCUCCAGAGCCAACCAGAGUUAAAUCUCCAGAGCAAAUAAUCAUGCGUUCACCAGAUCCGGUAAAUUGGACUGUACCUCUGGAUACUGGAAAAACGUUCACUGUUACCCAGAACGUUAGAGAUGGGGAUCCCAGCAGUCGUCCUCAGAGUGAAGUGAAGGCCUGGACUCCUCCAGAUAUUCCUCCGCCAGUGGCUCAGUCAGCUCCCCCAACACUAUUUGAGGGACAUCAGGCCAGCUUGUCGUAGGCGAUAAGAGGCCCUGACUUAUGCUUAAUCCAUAUUCGAUUUGAUUAUGUUGCUUUAGGUAUGGAUCUAGCAGGAAGAGAGUGAAUUUGGGCCAGGGCAGGGCCAUUGAUGCACAGUAUAAGAUUUCCCAUCUCUACCGUACAGCCACCAUACAUGUCAUAUUGACUGCCUCGCCUUCAUCAAUCAUAUUCCAAAUACAACCUUUUUGGGUUUUAAAAAAUAGUUCAUCAGUGAUUUUAAUAGAAUACGUAAUGUAGAGGUAUACUGUUAACAGGGUAGUAGCCAAAAAAAACUUAACACAGUUUUUGUGAAUUGGGAUAUAAUUAGAAGUUUAGCUGUCCUUAUUUAAGUCAUAUUUCAAGCCUUUAUAAUAUUUGACAUAACUGCUUAGGUAUAUAAUAUGUUUCAUGCUGUCCAUAUCUAUACCGAGUCCGUCAAAAGUUCACAGCAGGAAAUAUUUCUUUCGUGAUAAGUUAGCCAAAUAAAGUUACAAAAACAAGUAAUCCAACGUCCCAUUUUUUACAAAAUGUUGAUAAACAAAAUUGUAAUCUUUUAUCAGUGCUCUCGUGUUUCUGCCACAAAAGGUUAUACCAUGUUAUACAAACUAUGGUUAAAUAUUACAUUUAUAUAUUUUGUGUAGAUGCGUUUGCUUGCAUAUUUUCUUGUUAAUUUAGUGUACAUCGAACGCACUUAUUUAUUGAUAUUCAAAAAAAUGGUAAAGAGAUAUAUAAAGUUUCUGUUGAAAAAAGAA